CACGGCUUCCGUAGAUAUACUGGUAGGGUGAUGGGACAAGUGUACAGUUGUGCACUGAGCACGCUCUUUUUGACGUGUUUGAUUUGCUGGAGGACCGUCCACGUUUAUGGUUUACCUUUUUUACUUGACUCCAUGGCGUGGUAUGCAUCUCGAUAGGGGAACUCAGACACCGGAAAUGCUUUUUUGUGUGUGUUAUGUUUGAGCAUUUAUGGUAAAAGAUGACCGAGACAGACAGGGAACCUCAGUUUUAUCUGUGUAGCUGCUUCACAACUGAUAAUAUCUUCCUGCAUGACUACAAACUUCAUGUUCGCUACGUGUCUGGGCAGCAGUUCAGGCGGGACUACCAGAAGUUGCUUCUAAGACUUGGCUGCGUCUUGGACCAGCAGUUUGAAGAUGUACUCAAAAAGGUUUCCCAGGAAGUGGACAGACGAAGACAGCUAGCCGUCACAUCUGCUGAGCGAGCUGCUGCAAUAAAGCGCAUGUACCAGCCUCUCCAUCAUCACGUCUACCGUCUGCAGGAGACCUACCUCACUUCAGAAUUCAAGCAGCUUGUGGAGUAUUGUCGAAGCAGGAAUGCCAACAAAGAAGGCCUCUUAUUAUUGUUGAAAGUGGCAGCUCCAAGGGUGUAUCGUUUACCUGUGUUUGAGAAACACUUCUGUGAAGAGUUGGUUGAGGAGCUGGAACACUUUGAGCAGUCAUCAGCCCCUAAAGGAAGGCCCAACACCAUGAACCACUAUGGGAUCCCUCUCAACGAGCUGGGCUUUGACGAGGGCUUCGUGACUCCUCUUCGUGAGCAGUACUUGCAGCCAAUCACCUCACUGCUUUACCCAGAUUGUGGGGGUCACUCUUUAGAUAGCCACAAGGCCUUCGUGGUCAAAUAUGCCUUGAAGGAAGACCUGGACCUGAGUUACCAUUAUGACAAUGCAGAGAUCACCCUUAACGUGUCCCUCGGCAAAGAGUUCACCGAUGGCAACCUUUACUUCGGUGACAUGAGACAGGUGAAGCCACGGUGCCCAUAUCUGAGACGGAGUGCACGGAGGUUGAACACGAGGUCACGACAGGACUUCUCCAUCGAGGCCAACACAUGCACGGGGCCCUGCCAGUUUCUGGUGGUCAGCGCUGGAACCUCGUCGUUUGGAUGAGAGCCUCACAAGAACGCAACAGACUGUGCCCCAUGUGCAACAGGAGGCCUUCGCUGGUGGAGGGAGAGGGCUUCGCUGAUGGCUUCACAAAACACACAGAUGGAUUGUUGAAUACUACAUGUGUGUUGACAUGACAGCCUGCUGCUGCCGUGGAGCUGUAGAAAGCUGUUUAACCUGUCGUGGUGUGGUUUUAGUGUGCUCCAAUUUGGAACAGAUUUUGUGCUGUUGUGGUUUUUACUCUAGCGUCUCUCUGGCACAUCACGUCCUUCCAGUCUGUUAAGUUCAUUGAAGAUGAUGAUGAUAUGGUUUCUGUGCAGUCCUGCAACAGGACGGGUGAACUGUGUAAAAGUGGUUCCACUGGUGGAAAAAUACAUUUGUUUUACAAGCA